CGGUGAUAAUACAUUUCACAUACUAGCCGAAAUGAGUCCGCGCAUCUUAGGAAUUUUUCUGAUAAUUUCGGUCCUGGAUCAGCUAUAUCUCGUUGACGGCACCAAUGGAUGCAGGAACCGCCAUCGUCUGAUCUAAAUAUGGAAAGCAAAUGUAGUGCCUACUACUACCUAGAAAGCACUAUUAAAGAAUUGAAAAGAAAGUUGGACUUUUAUGAACACCAAUUACAAAUCAAGGAUGAACAUAAUAAGGAAAAUGUGAAACAAAUGGAAACUAUUUACAAGUUGCAGAGUCAGUUAGCAAUCAAUAGCAAGGAAAAAGAAAUGUCUGCAACUAUUAAUGACCUAAAUAUUAGGUUGGUUAAUGCAGAACAACAGUAAAAUUCAAAGAUGACCUCAUAGGAGAAAAAGUAAAAGAAAUUCAGGAUUGUGAUCUCUUAAAAACGAAUGAUAAGCAAAUACUCGAACAAACUGAGAAGGUGAACUUUAUGACAGUUACUAUAAGUAACCUGAAGAGUCAGUUGGCAAAAUCAAGAGAAGACGUUAAGGUUAAAUUAAAAGACAUUAAUGAUAGAACUGAGGAGGUGAAAAGACGAGAUGACAUUAUAAAGUUAAAAGAAAAAGAAAUUAGUGAUAAGAGUGAACAAAUUAAGAUUAUGGAGGAUAAAAUUACUGUUAAAGAUAACCAACUGGAAAACCUGAGUGCACAAAUUUUGACAAAAGACAAUGAAAUCGAUAGCCUUAAUAAUCAGACUAAACACGAUUUGGAAAAGAUAACUGAAAUGGCCGAUAAAAUUACUGUGAAAGAUAACCAACUGGAAGUCCUGAGAGCACAAAUUUCGACUAAAGACAAUGAAAUCGAUAGCCUUAAUAAUCAGACUAAACAUAAUUUGGAAACGAUAACUAAAAUGACCGAUGAACUGUAUUCUUGUCGUAGAAGGGAAAGUUGCCCCACCGGCCGUACAAAUAGAAUAUACAAAAUAUAUAAACCCGGAAUAUCUAUAUUUAAGGCUCCCUGUAGUUCGACUGGUUGGAUGACCAUUCUACGGCGUCAGGGCGAAUCAGUGGACUUCAAUCGAAACUGGGCAAACUAUACGAAUGGGUUCGGAAACUUAGCAGGAGACUUUUUCAUCGGAUUGGAGAAGCUGCACCAGAUGACUAAGGAUAAGCCCCACGAACUGCACAUAAAGCUUAUGAAAUUUAAUGGAAAAAUUGCUCACGCUCACUAUGAUAACUUUCAAAUCGGAAGCGAGCAGGAACUCUAUAAGCUAAUAUCACUGGGAACAUAUUAUGGGACAGCUGGGGAUUCUUUGAGAUACCACGAAGGAACGAAGUUCUCCACGUUUGAUAGCGACAAUGAUAAUAAAAAUAAUUGCGCUAUUAUAACAAAAGGUGGUUGGUGGUACCACAAUUGUGGCGAAAGUUAUCUUACUGGGAGCACAAAUAAUUUGAUUUGGUAUCAUUUCGGUGUCUGUGUCUUUGCUGAAAUGAUGAUCAAGCCGAGGACCGUAUGAGCUUUAUGUGUGAACAAUUUAAAUGC